GGGUCCAGAGUGAACAGGUGUGCGGGGCUGGUGUGCGCCCAAGGCACAGCCCUAGGUCUGGGGGUGCGACUCCAGCCCGAGAGACCCGCCUUCCCCGGCCUCGCCCCUCCCAGUUCCCCCAAGCCACGACGCUUCCUGGCCCCGUCGCAACUAUGGCUGAAGAGCAGCAACCCCAAGUCGAACUGUUCGUGAAGGCUGGCAGUGAUGGGGCGAAGAUUGGAAACUGCCCCUUCUCUCAGAGACUCUUCAUGGUGCUCUGGCUCAAAGGAGUUACCUUUAAUGUCACCACUGUUGACACCAAGAGGCGGACUGAGGCAGUACAGAAGCUCUGUCCUGGGGGACAGCUCCCAUUCCUCCUAUACAGCAAUGAAGUACACACAGACACCAACAAAAUUGAGGAGUUCCUGGAGGCAGUGCUGUGCCCCCCCAAGUACCCCAAACUGGCUGCUCUGAAUCCUGAAUCCAACACAGCUGGACUGGACAUCUUUGCCAAAUUUUCUGCUUACAUCAAGAAUUCAAACCCAGCACUUAAUGACAACCUGGAGAAGGGGCUCCUGAAAGCCCUGAAAGUUUUAGACAACUACUUGACAUCCCCACUCCCAGAUGAAGUGGAUGAAACCAGUGCUGAAGAUGAGGGUAUCUCUCAGAGGAAGUUUCUGGAUGGCAAUGAACUCACUCUGGCUGAUUGCAACCUGUUGCCAAAGCUUCACAUAGUACAGGUUGUAUGUAAGAAGUAUCGUGGAUUCUCCAUCCCUGAGGCCUUCCGAGGGGUGCAUAGGUACUUGCGAAAUGCCUAUGGCCGGGAAGAAUUUGCCUCCACCUGUCCAGAUGAUGAGGAAAUUGAGCUGGCCUACGAGCAAGUAGCCAGGGCCCUCAAAUAGGGCCCCAGGGCUCCCUUGACCCCAUCAUUUUUUUCCACAAAGGCUCAGGGUAGUUUGCACAUGGCUACCCAAUGGACACACUCCAGAAUGGUCAGUGGGCAGAGAAUCCUGGAGCAUUUGUGCAGGGCUGGCUGGGGGGGUGGUGGGAGGUGGCAGUGAAGAGAAAGGCUG